AUGUUAAGAGCAAUUUCAUCUGUUACAUCGUAUAGUACUUCAAGAAGGGUCUUAACCAAUCCUGCACUAAGAAAUGCUCCAAGAUUGGUAAAACCUUUGAUCUCUUCAAGAAGAUGUUUAUCGUCUUCUACCUCAAGUUCAGAUGAUUUUAUGUCAACAGUAAAUUCAAGUUAUAUUGAUGAAAUGUUCGAAGCUUGGCAAAAGGAUCCAACUUCUGUACAUGCAUCUUGGAAUGCUUAUUUUAAAAAUAUGAAAAAUUUAAAUGUUCCUGCAUCAAAAGCAUUCCAAUCUCCACCAACUUUAAUAGGUUCUCCAACUGGUACCGAAUCAGUACCUUUUGGUAGUGGUUUAUCAGAAAAUGUUGACGAAAAUGUUAGAUUACACUUAAAAGUUCAAUUGUUAUGUAGAGCCUAUCAAGUUAGAGGCCAUUUAAAAGCUCACAUUGAUCCUCUAAAAAUUUCAUUUGGUGAUGACAAAUCAAAGCCAGUACCUUCAGAAUUGACUAUUCAAUACUACGGUUUCACAGAAAAGGAUUUAGACAGAGAAAUUAACUUAGGUCCAGGUAUUUUACCAAGAUAUGCUAGAGAUGGUAGAACUACAAUGAAGUUGAGAGAUAUAAUCUCUGUAAUGGAAAAAUUGUAUUGUUCAUCAUACGGUAUUCAAUACACUCAUAUUCCUUCGAAACAAAAAUGUGAAUGGCUAAGAGAGAGAAUCGAAAUACCAAACCCAUUUAACUAUUCUGUAGAACAAAAGAGACAGAUCUUAGAUAGAUUAACUUGGGCUACCUCUUUUGAAACUUUCUUAUCAACAAAGUUCCCAAAUGAUAAAAGAUUUGGUCUUGAAGGUUUAGAAUCAGUUGUUCCAGGUAUUAAGACUUUAAUCGAUCGUGCAGUUGAAUUGGGUGUUGAAGAUGUUGUAUUAGGUAUGGCCCAUCGUGGUAGAUUAAAUGUCUUAUCAAAUGUUGUUCGUAAGCCAAAUGAAUCUAUCUUUUCAGAAUUCAAAGGUACAAGCACAAGAGAUGACAUUGAAGGUUCAGGUGAUGUUAAAUACCAUUUAGGUAUGAACUACCAAAGACCAACUACUUCAGGUAAGCAUGUUAAUUUGUCAUUGGUUGCUAAUCCUUCUCAUUUAGAAGCACAAGAUCCUGUUGUUUUAGGUAGAACAAGAGCCUUGUUGGACGCCAAGGAUGAUCUAGAAACAAAAACCAAGUGUAUUGGUGUCUUGCUACAUGGUGAUGCAGCUUUUGCUGGUCAAGGUGUCGUUUAUGAAACUAUGGGUUUUGAAACUUUACCAGCUUAUUCAACUGGUGGUACUAUUCAUAUCAUUACAAACAACCAAAUUGGUUUCACCACCGAUCCAAGAUUUGCUAGAUCUACUCCAUAUCCAUCUGAUAUCGCCAAGACAUUUGAUGCACCAAUUUUCCAUGUUAACGCUAAUGAUGUUGAGGCUGUUACUUACAUUUUCAACUUAGCAGCUGAAUGGAGAAAUACUUUCCAUAGUGAUGCUAUCAUUGACGUUGUUGGUUGGAGAAAACAUGGUCAUAAUGAAACUGAUCAACCUUCAUUCACCCAACCAUUGAUGUAUAAGGAGAUCGCCAAGCAAAAAUCUGUUAUCGACGUUUACAGUGAACAAUUAAUCAAGGAAGGUAGCUUUAGUGAAGCUAAUAUCAAUGAUUUAAAGACAGAAGUUUGGGAAAAAUUUGAAGAAGCAUUUAACAAGGCCAAGGACUACGUUCCAAGCCAAAGGGAAUGGUUAACAGCUUCUUGGGAAAAUUUCAAAUCUCCAAAGGAAUUGGCCACCGAAAUUUUGCCUCAUAACCCAACUAAUGUCGACCUUGAGACCUUGAAUGGAAUUGGUUCUGCCAUCUCAUCAUGGCCAAAGGGUUUUGAAGUUCAUAAGAAUUUGAAGAGAAUUUUAACUAAUAGAGGUAAAUCUGUUGAUACAGGAAAAGGUAUUGAUUGGUCUACCGGUGAAGCAUUAGCUUAUGGGUCCUUGGUUUUAGAAGGCUACCAAGUCAGAGUUUCAGGUGAAGAUGUUGAAAGAGGUACCUUCUCUCAAAGACAUGCUGUUUUACACGAUCAAAAGUCAGAGGCUGUUUAUACUCCUUUGAAACAUCUAAGUAAAGAUCAAGGUGAAUUUACUAUCUCCAACUCUUCAUUAUCUGAGUACGGUGUUAUGGGUUUUGAAUAUGGUUAUUCAUUAACCUCUCCAGACUAUUUAGUUGUUUGGGAAGCCCAAUUCGGUGAUUUUGCCAACACUGCCCAAGUUAUUAUUGAUCAAUUUAUCGCUGGUGGUGAACAAAAGUGGAAGCAACGUUCUGGUUUAGUCUUAUCCUUACCACAUGGUUAUGAUGGCCAAGGUCCAGAACACUCUUCUGGUAGAUUAGAAAGAUUUUUGCAAUUGGCUAACGAAGAUCCAAGAUAUUUCCCAUCUGAAUUAAAAUUACAAAGACAACACCAAGACUGUAACUUCCAAGUUGUUUACCCAACUACUCCAGCCAACUUAUUCCAUAUUUUGAGAAGACAACAACAUCGUCAAUUCCGUAAACCAUUGAUUUUGUUCUUCUCCAAACAAUUGUUGCGUCAUCCAUUGGCCAGAUCCAAUAUUGAGGAGUUUACUGAAGGUGGUUUCGAAUGGAUCAUUGAAGAUAGUGAACACGGUAAGACAAUUGCUACAAAGGAAGAGACCAAGAGAUUGGUAUUAAUGACUGGUCAAGUGUACACUGCUUUGCAUAAGAGACGUGAAGAAUUAGGCGAUAAGAGCACUGCAUUCUUGAGAAUCGAAGAAUUGCAUCCAUUCCCAUUUGCUCAAUUGCGUGAUACUCUAAACUCUUAUCCAAACUUAGAAGAAAUUGUUUGGUGCCAAGAAGAACCAUUGAACAUGGGUUCCUGGGGUUACGUAUCUCCAAGAUUACAAACUACUUUGAAGGAAACAAACAAUUACAAGAACCAUGCUGUGAGAUACUGUGGUAGAAACCCAAGUGGUGCAGUUGCUGCUGGUUCCAAGUCAUUGCAUUUAGCUGAAGAAGAAUCAUUCUUGAAGGAUGUUUUCAACCAAUCUUAA